AUGGAGCGGUACUUUUCUGUGCUAGUUCUAGAAGAUGACUUAGCGUGUGUUGACACUCUUAAUAGCGAUCAACGACAUAUUAUGGAUGUUGUUUUCGUUGAUGGUCCAGGAGCCUUUGAUCGUUCAUUGAAAGACUUAAUGGAAAACUACUUACCAUUUGGAGGAAAAAAUAUUGUGUUUAGUGGUGAUUUCAAACAACUAUUACUAGUGGUUCGGAACGGAAUAAGAGCUCAAGUGAUUGAUGCGUCAUUUGUCAAGUCCACUAUUUGGAGACACGUCAGUAUUUUUCAUUUGAGAGAAAAUAUGAGAUCAGGAGAUGACAACGCAUUUGCUACUCGAUUGCUCUCAAUCGGCAACGGAGAUGAACCUACCGUGUCAGAUCACAUGAAACUGCUAAACCAUAUGGUAAUACCAUCAACUGAUGAUGUCUCGAUUGAAAUGUUGAUUGACCAGGUUUUUCCAAAUUUAAGUCAACAUGUGGGAGAAGGAAAUUAUAUGGUUGAAAGGGCCAUCACACCCCUCAAUGAAGAUGCUGAGAAGAUAAAUGCUUAG